AUGCGUUUGGUCGCAGGCCGUCACAAAUGCCGUGAAGUGUGGCCGUCGAAGUCAUCGGAGACGGCGUUCAUGCUCUUCCUGGACUGCUUUCUCCUCGUCUUCCCCCUCCUCAUCAUGACUACCACUUACACCCUCAUUGCGACCAGUCUGUGGAAGAAGAUCCGAUCCGAGGAAGGAUCCUGCUUCAAUGAGGCUUCUCAAAGUCUCCAUUCCUCUCUGAUGAAAGGAGGAGGAGCAGGAGAAGGAGACAUGUCGCCCACUGCCGGAGAUUCCCCUCCGGCGCCGAACCGACUUCUGACGAAUCGUCUGAAUGGGCAUACCAAACUGCGGCUGAGCAACGUGGAACGGAGCCUGAAGAACAAGAAGCGCGUGAUCAAGAUGCUGGCCGUGGUGGUGAUGGAAUACUUCAUUUGCUGGACCCCCCUCUACGUGAUCAACACGUGGGCCCUGUUCGACAUGUCCGCCGUCUACGCCGGACUCGGCCCCGCCGGCAUCCUCGGCUGCUACUCCUUCGCCUACGUCUCCUGUUGCUGCAAUCCCAUCACGUAUUGCUUCAUGAACUCCAACUUCCGGAAGGCUUUCCUGAACGUUUUCGGCUGCCGCAGAAACGCGUUGCAGCGGACCGCCUUCGAGAUGUCCUUCACGACCCGGACCGCAAGGGCCGACAGCUCCGCUGCCGCCAAUCCCUUCAAUCACGUCAAGGACUAAGACGGGAUUCAGUGACUUCGUCUUAACGAACGACCCCUCGAAAAGGGACUCUAGUCAUUCCAAGCGAAUCCGAUCAAAAUGUGAACCUUUUCUUUCCUCCUCCCUCGAUGUUUCACGAAUGCAUGAUGCGAAGACAGUUGAUCUCAUAUCCGAGGACUUGUGAUGAUUAGGGUCAUUCGUUUUCCGCUCUCUUUCCCCCGCAAUUUUCAGCUUUCGUCAUUGUGAUAUUCCAAGAUUUAGGGCUUCAGCUAGGGAAUUCUGCCUCUUUUAAAUUCAAGAUCGAAAACCUAAGAAUACUAAUAAUAGGCUUUUCCCGAAACCUUUGCCGCAAUUUGCUUGCACACUGACAUGCUAACUAACUGAUUGCCCUAGAUUGACUCACAGCGUUCGAUAUAUGCUUGGCGAGGGUAGGGAAAGGAAAUAACUCUCCGACUGAUGGAGCAGAUAAGAUAAUCCAAUAAUCCACCGUAGGGAUGUUCAAGUACGACUGUGAUUGAGAAUUCUAGAGCAAGAAUUCCGGAGAGGAAUGGCAAAAAAAAACCAAGAAAAUUGAAUUAUUCCAUCAAUUUAUUACAUUUCAGUACAGAUUCAGUUUCCCGCGAAAUAUGGACCUUCCCAUUUUUUGGUUGAAAUUUCCCUUAAAA